AGCUUCUCCAACUGCAUUGGAGCAAGAGAACUACAUUACCCUGUAAGCCUCGGGGCUGGGAGGUGGCGUGGGGGCGGUCCCUCACGUCUGGUACAGUCAUCCCAAGCCUCUUCGGCGGGACUGUGAUGGCUGGAGAGAUGACGAUCUUAGGAUCAGCUGUUUUGACUCUCCUGUUGGCUGGGUAUUUGGCACAACAGUACUUACCAUUGCCUACUCCUAAAGUGAUUGGCAUUGACCUUGGUACCACCUAUUGUUCUGUUGGGGUGUUUUUUCCUGGCACAGGAAAAGUAAAGGUCAUUCCAGAUGAAAAUGGGCAUAUCAGUAUACCCAGCAUGGUGUCCUUUACUGACAAUGAUGUAUAUGUGGGUUAUGAGAGCUUAGAGCUGGCCGAUUCAAAUCCUCAGAACACAAUAUAUGAUGCCAAGAGAUUCAUAGGCAAGAUUUUUACCCCAGAAGAGCUGGAGGCUGAAGUUGGCAGAUACCCAUUUAAGGUUUUAAACAAAAAUGGAAUGGUUGAGUUUUCUGUGACAAGUAAUGAGACCAUCACCGUUUCCCCAGAAUAUGUUGGCUCUAGACUACUGUUGAAGUUAAAGGAAAUGGCAGAGGAAUAUCUUGGAAUGCCAGUUGCCAAUGCUGUUAUUUCUGUACCAGCAGAAUUCGAUCUAAAACAGAGAAAUUCAACAAUUGAAGCUGCUAAUCUUGCAGGACUGAAGAUCUUGAGGGUGAUAAAUGAACCCACAGCGGCAGCCAUGGCUUAUGGCCUCCACAAGGCUGAUGUCUUUCAUGUCUUGGUGAUAGAUUUGGGUGGAGGAACUCUAGAUGUGUCAUUGCUAAAUAAACAAGGAGGAAUGUUUCUAACCCGAGCAAUGUCUGGAAACAAUAAACUUGGAGGACAGGACUUCAAUCAAAGACUGCUUCAGUAUUUAUAUAAACAGAUCUAUCAAACGUAUGGCUUUCUACCCUCUAGGAAAGAGGAAAUUCACAGAUUAAGACAAGCUGUGGAAAUGGUCAAAUUAAAUCUGACUCUUCAUCAGUCUGCUCACUUGUCAGUAUUACUAACAGUGGAGGAAAAGGACAAGAAGGAGCCUCAGAGUAGUGACACUGAACUGCCAAAGGACAGAUUUUCUCCCACUGAUGGCCACCAUGUGAACAGUGUGUUUGGAGCUGGUCUUUCUGAAAAGAAAAGCGGAGAAAGUCAGGUGUUAUUUGAAACAGAAAUAUCACGGAAGCUCUUUGACACCCUUAAUGAAGAUCUCUUCCAGAAAAUACUUGUACCCAUUCAGCAAGUAUUAAAAGAAGGCCACCUGGAAAAGACUGAGAUUGAUGAGGUGGUUUUGGUUGGGGGUUCCACUCGUAUUCCUCGAAUCCGCCAAGUCAUUCAGGAGUUCUUUGGAAAGGAUCCCAACACUUCUGUAGACCCUGACCUGGCAGUGGUGACAGGAGUGGCUAUCCAAGCAGGGAUUGAUGGAGGCUCCUGGCCUCUCCAAGUCAGUGCUUUAGAAAUUCCCAGUAAGCACUUACAAAAGACCAACUUCAACUGAAUUAUGGAGGGAUGAUUAUUUGUGAUUGUCUGAUGAGCUCUUCCUCCUUAUCAGACCACCUCCUCCAAUAAAGAAAAAUCUCUAAAAUAUCUCAGAAAUUUACCUGAAAGGUAACAUUUAGAUACACAGAAUUUUACAUAACAUUUUGUUUUAGGAUUAAAUGUGACCAGAUUGAUCCUAUUUGAUUUCAGAGAGAUCUCACUCCAACAAAUACUUUUAAAAUGAUAGAAUUGAAGUAAAACUGUUAUAGGAGCAUGGGUAGUUUUGUUCUCUGGAAUCUGGAAGUAGAUAACCAUAUGCACUUAAAAUUACAUUCUGUAAACAUUGCCUAGUACCAGUAUUACAAUUCCCAGUUCUUACUAAAUUGUAUUAGCAGGAGCUGGUAACUGAUUUGCUUGGUUAUCACAUGUAACUAUUAGUUUGAACUCUACUUGAAGGACAGUAUUGGUGUCAGGUUUUUACAUUGGCUGGGAGAUAGCAGUAUUAGUAAUAUAAGCUGCAUAUAUAUAUAAUGUUCAGUAACUGCCAUAAAUAAAUUUACUUUCACAAAUUCAAUUACGUGUCCUAUUUACAUAACCUUCAUUCUCCAGAUUUUUAAAAUUACUUACUGUAUCAACUUACUUUCUUUCUAAAAUAGCUGUAGAUUUAUUCAGAUGUUUCAAUACCAGACAGUAAACGUAACCAAUUUAUACUCCAGUUCCUUCAGUUGCUAUGCAUCAUUCUCUGCUUGGAUUCCCAUGAUUCUGCCUGGUGAGAAAACAGUGGGGAAUUAAUAACUUCAUUCUACACGUCUUAAUGUCACAAUAAAGCCAUCAUUACUAGCUCUUUUUUGUUACCCAAGACCUUUGCAGACACUAGUAAGUACCAGUAAUUAGCUACAGUAUUUAUGUUUUUGUUUUUGUUUCUUUGUUUAUUUUCAGUAAGCCCUGGAGAAUGUAGCUUGCAUUUGAACUAUCAAAUCAUAUUUGAUUCAGUUUUUACUGAGAUUUUUCCCCAUAUUGGUUUUGAAUGAGGAAAAUGUGCUCAGUUGUAAAAUCCUUAUUGUUGUUUCCCACUAUCAUUUUACAGUAGUCACACUUGGACUGUUUUUAGCCUUAAGGUUAGUAUGUGUUGCGAGUAAAAAAAUUUUGAAUAUUGGAAAUAAUGUGGCAAUCUAAUGUGGGAGGCAAUGUGGAAGAAUUUCUACAAAUCAGCAUUUGUAGCAGUUUCGUUUUGUUUUUGUUUGUUUCCUUUUAGAAAUGCUACAGGGACCAAGAAAGAAAAUGUAGCAAGCAGUUAUAUUUCUGUGAUGGCCAUAUUUGAAGACUUUUUUUUUCUUAAUGCAUGCAUGCUUCAUAUUAAUAUUCAAAGAUUACAUUCUGGUCAACAUUUUUGUUAAUGUAAAAAGUAUGUCUGUUUUAUCUGUUGUUGAAUUUAAAGGAUGUUGUAUUUCCAAUCACUGAAAAACAGAACUAAGCAAACUCAUUUCAGCAACAUCGAAACAUUUCAGCUUCUGAGAAUAAAAAGCUGAAUGUUAAUAUUUUUUGCAGAUCUAAAAAAAAAAAGGUUAGCAAUGAGAUUGCUGUUAAAACACAAUUUCAAUCACAUAGUUUUGUGUACAGAAUGUCUAGUAAGUAGAUAGAAAAAUAAAAAAUGUUUGUUGACAUAUUUUAUUUUAGAACUAACAGAGAAAUGCCAAAGAUGAAUCCUUCACUGCGUUAUGAAAAUAUUCCAGUGUUCUCUUGGACUUGAUACGAAUCUUUAAUAGAUUUUAGAAUUGGAAAAGAUCUUUUUGCAAAGGUCUUAAGAGAAAAGUGUUCAAUCUAUCAAAAUCUCCACUUACAUUAUCAGCUUUAACCUAAAGCAUUUUAACAUUUUUAAAAAAAGCCUUGACUCUCUCAAAUACAUGAGAUAGUUCAGGAAGAUCUGUUACCACUUUUUAGUGGAAACAAUUUGCAGAACGGGGCAGCUAAUCUCAUAUACUAAAAUUGGAAUUUAAAUGUGUCUGAAAAAUAGGAUGGCAGUGUUGGAAUUUGGGGGCAAUAGUUUAGCAUAUUCUCUAGUAUAGUUACACCUUUAAAAAUACGAAGUAAUGUCUGUCAGUCAUAUGUUAGGGGCCUAUAUAUAAAUGGUCUUGAAAUCAAUGUAGUUUAUUUAUUUAAAAGAGAAAGGGAUCCCGAAAGGGAUCAUUUAUGCCUAAUAAUCUUAAGACAUUUUUCAUAAAACAAUACAUUCUGGUUUGUACAUGUAACUAGUGUUUUUUGAAGUGCAUUAACUUUUUAAAUAUUAACUGUUGUAUGAUUAGAAUAUGUGAAUGAGUAAUUUAUUUUGUAUCAGGAAUGUUUCGGUACUGUGUUUUCACUCCAACCACUGACUUCACAGAUGCUACUGUGUAUGACAUUUCGGAAGAUUAUAUAGUUAUUGUGCAUAACAGAUUGUGCCUCUUCAAAUUGUGUGUAUACAGGUAAUUCACAUUUUAAUGUAAAUAAAUACCACUUUGCAGUUUGUUUUUUAAA